AUGUUCCGCGCACUGUGAGUCUUUUUUCUGUUUCAGUUUCACACACUAAUUUUUCGAUCUAUUUGUUUACUUGAUGGUAAAUAUUAAUGGAAUUUAUCGUUGAUAAAAGAAUUAACUCAGGAUUUUUUUUUAAACCAACGACUUCUCACUUUUCAAAAGUCUAUCAUGGAAGCCGCUUAAAAAGUAAUACAUUUUACCUCGAAGUUUUUGUGAUGAUAAAGAUGAGCUUUACCUGCUCUCUAGAAAUAAUCCAUCAUUCAUUUAUUUUUUUCAACGUUGAGCGACUAAAACUUUUUUGCGCAAGCCUUGAGAGUUGUAUUCUAUUGUUAAAUAUUCUAACUCUUGCUAAGCGAUACGGUAAAGAAUCGAGUAUAACUUGACAUUCUUGUUGCAAAUUGCCACUGAAAGUUUUUUCAGACUGCUCGUGGCCCUGCUGGCGUCGAUCUCCUUACAACAACAGCAAAACUACGGUAAGUAUAUUCUUACAAAUUUCCACAAGCACGCAUAUAACCGCUACUAAUCAAGCUCUUUCUAACCCAAAAACAGUCACAGAUUCGGCACAACCGGACGCUCUGCAGGCUGCACAGCAAGCCGGUUACGACGUCUUCGGCAUUCCUGGUUUUCUGCCAGACUACGAAGGAGACAAGUACACAACUUCGUCGAGACGCCAAGACACGCACACCCUUAACGAACCUUUUCUUGACAGCAUCGGCGGGGCACCAGAUGCGCCGCCGCCAACGCCGUCCCAGACACCUGAUGUUCUAAUCGCUGACUAUGCCAGUCACCCGAAGGCCUCGACCGGCAACGCUCGUCCUGAUGACGAGGAACUUCUGUCCUUUCAGCUGACACCAUCAAACGAUGACGCCACGAGUGUCGUCUACAAAGUCGUUGAAGGAAGUGAAGCCGGCGACGCGGCUUAUAUUAGCGAGGCGACUCGCGCCAUCAUCGAAGCACUAACGAAAUCCGACCCAAACUAUAUUGGCCAAGAGUUCAUAGUCAGCUUUUUCCGAUGA